GAAAAAAAACACGAUUGUUUAUGGCGUUCAGCUUAUGAGAAAGUGGCUUUCUAAAGAUUUUUUGGUGUAAUUCUACUGUUUUCAAGUAUUGAUCUCAAGUUAAAUUAUCAUUGUUUUCGGGAUAGGACUGUGUAAAGUUACAAGUGCAGUGUUGUGUUAGCUGAUAUCUUACUAUCAACCUCUGUGGGAGAUAAAUCAUUUUAGAAAGCAACAUGGAAGCAUUGACAGUUCCGCCAUGAAUGCAAAAUAAAUAGAAAUUGUGAUGUGAAGAAGAAAGUAAGUCAGGAUAGAGUAGAAUCUUCACAAUGUUGAGAGGUGGGCGUGGAGGCCGUCACAGUCCGGAGCUGUACCCCCACACUAUCAAGUGCUCCAACGCCAGCGACACGAGCUCCGCAUACAGUGGCAGUGACACCAUGACUUCAGUCCACAGCUCACUCGAUAUGGACAUGGAGGUGGAUUUGUCAGGCCUCCUCGAGUCCAUUGUGGACUCUGACGAGGAAGAAGAUUUGGAAGAGAGUAUGGACAGCCUCACUGUACGUGAUGCUGUACGAGAAUGCCUCGAAAAAGACCCAAGUGAGAGAACUGAUGAAGAUAUAGAGAUUCUUUUGGAAUUCACUCAACAUUUGAAGGCUUUUACCAACAUGACUCUCACAGUUCGCCGUGCAUUGUGUGCAGUAAUGGUUUUUGCCGUUGUUGAAAAGGCUGGGACUGUGGUGAUGAAUGAUGGAGAGGAACAUGAUUCAUGGUCAGUUCUUAUCAAUGGGCAUGUUGGUAUUGAACAUCAAAAUGGAGAAAUUGAGUAUCUAAAUGUUGGUGAUAGUUUUGGAAUGGUUGAAGCUACACUUGAAAAACUGUAUCACAGAGGUGUGAUGACUACACGUUGUGAUGACUGUCAAUUUGUUUGCAUUACACAAACUGACUAUUACCGCAUACUGCAUCAAGGAGAAGAAAAUAUAAGACGACAUGAAAAUGAAAAUGGAGUUGUUGUAUUGGUCACCGAAUAUAGGGGGACACCUGGAGAGUCAGGUCGUCAGCAAGGCCAUGUAGUUAUAAGAGGUACUCCAGAUCAAUUGAUGUUGCAGCUUAUUGAAGAUAAUUCACGGGAUUCCACAUAUGUAGAGGAUUUCUUAUUAACCCAUAGAACAUUUAUUGAAAGCCCUUUAGUUGUUGCUAAACAGCUACUUGCCUGGUUCUCUGAGCCUUCUGUUCGUGAUAAAGUCACAAGGGUAGUUCUACUUUGGGUUAACAAUCACUUCACUGAUUUUGAAACAGAUCCUAAUAUGAUGGAAUUUCUAGAAAGUUUUGAAUCUGUCUUGGAAAAUAAUAAGAUGGAAAGUCAAUUACGUUUGCUAAAUAUUGCCUGCUCAGCAAAAGCGCGCAGCAGGAGUGUCACAUUGUCGCGCCCUUCAAGGGAUGAACCUCUCAACUUUACCAUAGAAGGAGGCUAUGAAAGAGGAUAUGGAAUAUUCAUAUUGAAAGUUGAAAAACAUUCUAAAGCAGAGGAAGUUGGGCUGAAAAGAGGUGAUCAAGUAAUAGAAGUUAAUGGGCAGUCAUUCCAACAUGUCAGCCAUGCAAAAGCUAUGGAAAUAUUGAGGGGUUCAACACACUUGAGCAUUACAGUAAAGAGCAAUUUGUUAAAUUUUAAGCAAAUGUUGCUUACACCUGAAAAUUCAUCCAGGCACCGUGGAUGUGCUAAUAUGGUUCGAUGGCAGACAGACCCCAGAGCACGAUUAUCAACAGCAGAAUUGCUAAGUGAUGACCCCAUUAUUGCAAAUCCAGUAUUUCAAUCCCCCACCAAAAAACCGCAACAGCUUAGCAUAAAAAAAGAACCACAAAAAGGAUUCAUGACUUUAGGUCCCAAAAGGAGAUUACAAAAAGCUUUAAUGAAAAUGAAUAUACUUCCUAAAAACACAAUUAAUGAUGGAUUACAUACUGAUGAUAGUAUACUUUCAAAUUCCGAAUCUCUAAAUAAGGCUAACUCAAGUACUUCAUUUUACAGUUCACACAGUAAUCCAGACCUCAUAUCUAUUUGUUAUGAUGAAUAUCAGUCUUCUGAUUACCCAGAACAUGUUCUAAAAGUGUAUAGGGCUGACCAAACUUGCAAAUAUUUGUUAGUGCACAAAGAGACAACUGCUAGAGAGGUUGUCAUGUUAACUUUGCAAGAGUUUGGUAUUACUGAUCCCAGUUCAAACUUUUCCUUAUGUGAAGUAUCUGUAGCACAAGGUGGCAUUAUUAAACAACAUCGUUUGCCAGAUCAGCUCCAAAAUUUAGCUGAAAGAAUUGGUCUUAGCUCAAGGUAUUACCUGAAAACAAAUGGGGUCAGUGAGACAUUAGUACCAGAUGAGAUGGCUCCAGAACUCCUGAGAGAAAGUGUUGUCCACUUCUUGCAAUUAAAUGCUGUGGAAGUAGCUGUGCAAUUAACUUUGCAAGAUUUCUGCAUCUUCAGACAAAUUGAAAGCACUGAAUAUGUUGAUGAUCUAUUUGAAUUAAAAAGUCGAUAUGGUAUUCCAAUGUUAUCACAAUUUGCAGAACUUGUAAACAAAGAAAUGUUUUGGGUAGUUACUGAAGUUGUAAAUGAACAAAAUCUUGUUCGACGUUCAAAAAUCGUCAAGCAAUUCAUUAAGGUUGCUCGACAUUGCAAGGAAUGCAAAAAUUUCAAUUCCAUGUUUGCUAUAGUGUCUGGCCUGGGACAUGGUGCAGUAUCAAGAUUGAGAAUGACUUGGGAAAAAUUGCCUACCAAAUAUUAUAAACUGUUCACUGAUUUACAAAUGCUGAUGGAUCCAUCUCGAAACAUGUCUAAGUACAGACAAUUAGUAACAACUGAACAAGGUAGAUCACCAGUUAUUCCCUUCUAUCCUGUAGUAAAAAAAGAUCUUACAUUUAUCCAUUUGGGAAAUGACACUAAAGUUGAAGGAAUGGUCAAUUUCGAAAAACUUCGUAUGAUAGCUAAAGAAGUUCGAACUCUUACAAAUAUGUGUAGCUCACCAUAUGACCUUAUUUCGUUAUUAGAAUUUGGUAAACAACCCCCAUCAAAUGCCAUGGUAGCCCUCAACCAACUGACCACAGGAGGUGUGCAACAGGGACAAGUUACUGUUAAAAGAAGAAAGAAAUCCUCAAAUGUCCCUAAUCCUAAAAAGAUGUUUGAAGAAGCACAAAUGGUUAGAAGAGUAAAAGCUUAUUUGAAUCGAAUGCAUGUCGAAACAGAUGAAGAGCGUUUACACGCUUUGUCGCUAGAGUGCGAGGGAUCAGGGCCGGUCCCCGCUAUGCCUCGCCGCCGUCACCCGUCUCCCUCUUUGUCCACAACAAGCAGUGCUUCCUCAGCCAGUGAAAGUAAAAAGAGUUUCGCGGGCAAUAAAUUUGGCGCCGCUUCCCCCCAAGCCGUAAGGAAGUUAUUGGCUUUAUCCGAACCGGCGAAGACGAGGCCACAUCAGCCACGACCUCCGCCACCGGGCCCGUCGCCCUGCUCCCAUCGUCGGGACGGCCCCGGCCCUGGCAUUUGUUGCCCUCGAACCGCACACGAGAGAUCACACUCUGAUACGCCCACGCCUCUUCCUGUUGAUUUGUCAGCAGAAAGUAGUAGCGUGACUUCCUUAGUAAACUUGCCUUUGCGUAAAACUGGGUCUGCUACGUCGAGUGACAGCGGGCACGGCUCGUGCAACGCGCCGAGCUGCGCGCGGCCGGUGCCGCCGCCGCGCAUGCCGCAGCCCUACACGCUGGCCGCUCAGGUGGCGCGUCUCGAGCGUCUCAGUCGCGCACACUCCCAUGAAGGCGUAACCCGCCAAUAUGACUAUUAUCAAGAUACGCCUGACGACGACGAUGACGAUCAACAAGUGUCGGCUGUUUAAAUUUUAAAUACUAUAAGGCACGAUUAUUCCAGUUAAUAUUUAUUUCGGCAAUAAAAUAUAAUAAAUACUCGUAAACUAAGUAGGUACCCAAUUAUGUAAUCUGCAGUGUGGAAUGUAUAAGUUAUUGAAGAAUUCUCAUAGCAAUAAAUCAUUUGAAUGUAGGAAUACAAACAACUACAUUUAAUCCGCAGUUGAAGAAAAUGCACAACUAGCAUAUUUUAUUCUUUAAAAUUUAUGGUCGCGUAUCGCGAUACGAUGGCGCAACGUAGCGACGAGUCUCUUCGGAAACAGUUAAUUAGUUGGUAGGGUACUUACUGGGUGCAGCCCAUAAGGAAAGACAGACUAAUGACGGAAAAUCAUUAGUCAUUAAUCUUACAUUUUAAAGCAACAACUGUUAGACGAGUACAAGUGAUUUGCGUAAUUUACUGGUCACAUUUUUAACAUCGUGUUCUGAUCCUUUGUGUUUUAUAUGAAAUUUAAUACACACUGUUUAGAGUUAUUAGUUAUAUUUUAUUGCGUAGAUACAUCUUAUAAUGUAAGGAGAAAUCUGCCUGUAAAGGUGGUAAAGAUUUCUCAGAUAAGUCACAGAUUAUUGCAAGAAUAGAUAAGUCUUAUCUGACUAUUGGAAAAUCUGCCCUUAAUCAAUGUCUAUUUAUAUAGUUCACUGUUUUGUAAUCUCACUUGACGAAUAGAAAGCACAUGUUUAUAUAAAAUUUUUCUUAUAUUAAUAUAAAAUCAUGUAUGUACUCUUACAGCUAAGUCUAAAGACUGUAUAAUUAAGACAAUUUUCCUAGUGUUAUAUAGUGUAAAAUUAUUACAUUAAUAAGCCAUGCCUCUAAAAUAUUAAUUAUAAUUUAAUUAUUAUAAUGUGACCCACCAUUUUCCAGUUUUAUCUAGAAAAAAGUUGUUUGAUGUAUACCAAUUAGAGGGGACCUGUUGUGUAUCCACCAUUUGGUAUAUCUACAUUCCGUUAUUUGUGUAUAAUAAUGUUCAUUAUUUAUAUUGUGAAACUUAGACCAAAUAAUAAUUAAUGUACCUUUUAACAUUUAUGAUUCAAAUGAUUUUAAUAAUUUUAUUUCGUAGUAAUGUGGUAGCUUUGUGGACCAAUAAUGGGUUUGAAUGUUAUUAUUUCUCAUGGUAGCAGCUUAGAAUUCUGUUGAUAUCAUGGUUUUAAUUAUUAUCAUAAUUUGUAAAUAAUAAAUACAUAAUAUGA